GCGCAACCCAAAAUUCUACGUAGGUUGUAGAAUCACCCUAACUGUCGCUGGACGACUGAGGCGCUGAUGACAUCGAUGUCCGCAGCACAUGUGCUAAGGUUAUUAAGUAGAAACCGGUAUUGAAUGUACGGAUCAGUAAUAUUUAUAUUGCUUAAACUUCUUUUUACCAGUGAAAAAUAGUUUACAGCAAUAGUACCUUAGCUGUGAACAUAUAACUGAAGUAAAAUAUACUACUAAAACACUUGAGGGUUACCUAUUUCAAACACAUUUACAAUGAGUGAAGAAGUUGAAAUGAUGGAAGAUGACCCUAACUGUGAAAGUUCAGGUGAUUUAUCUGGAAAUAAUGAGACAGGAAAAUUAGUUAUGGAUGAAUCUGCAUAUCGCUUAUACCAUCAAGCUCGAACAGGAGCCCCAUGCUUAAGUUUUGAUAUAAUCCAAGACGAUCUUGGAAAUAACAGAGAAGUUGAUCCAUUUACCAUGUACAUAGUGUCUGGUACACAGGCACCGAAAACUCAUGUAAAUAAUUUACUCCUAAUAAAAAUGUCGAAUCUACAUGGAAUAAAACAAAAACAUGAUUCUAGUGAUGAUGAAUCUAGUGAUGAUGAAUCUGAACAAGACACAAAUGUUCCCAUUAUGUCUUCGAUAGCAUUAAAACACAAGGGAUGUGUCAAUCGUAUAAGAUCUAAACGCUUUGGUGAUAAAACACUUGCUGCAAGUUGGAGUGAGCUUGGACGUGUUCAUUUAUGGGAUCUGAGUAAAGAAUUAAAAGCUAUUGAUGAUGAAUCACCCGUUUCUGAUGAACAAAAUGAACAUAGAACUUUAGAAACACCAGGAAAACCAAUUUUCUCAUUUAAAGGUCAUCCUAGUGAAGGAUAUGCUCUAGAUUGGUCAAAUGUUGAACAAGGUUAUUUAGCUUCUGGAGAUUGUAAAGGAAAUAUACAUGUAUGGAAUUGCAAAGAAACAUGGUCAGUCAGUUCAAUUCCUUUUACUUCACAUUCCACCAGUGUUGAAGACAUUCAGUGGUCUCCAAAUGAAAAAAAUGUAUUUGCAUCUUGUUCAGUUGACAAAAGCAUAAAAAUUUGGGACAUAAGAGCUCAACCACACUCUGCAUGCAUGUUGACAGCUUCUGAAGCUCAUUCAUCAGACAUAAAUGUUAUAUCGUGGAAUAAAAUAGAAUCACAAUAUCUCCUAUCUGGUGGUGAUGAUGGAUUGGUUAAGUUGUGGGAUUUGAGACAGUUUGCAUCUAGUAAAUUACAACCUCUAGCAACCUUUACACAUCAUUCUCAACCCAUUACAACGCUUGAAUGGCAUCCUCACGAAGCAACAGUUUUUGCAUCAGGAGCUGCUGAUGAUCAGAUAGUUCAAUGGGAUUUGUCGAUAGAAGUUGAUGAGACAAAAGAUGAAAUGAUUGAAGAUUUACCGCCACAGUUGCUUUUUAUUCAUCAAGGACAGUCUGACAUUAAAGAGUUACAUUGGCACCCACAAUGUACGGGCAUUAUCAUUUCAACAGCACUUACUGGUAUCAAUGUCUUCAGGACUAUUAGUGCUUAAUUAAUAACAAUUAGUGUAAAGCGUAAUCAGCAAGCUGAAUAAAAAUAUAAGUAUAUUUCAAAUGAACAUGCCUGCUACUUUCAUUUUCUAUGUACUACCCAAGUGACCCAAAUGGCUAUAAUCAUCUUAUGUUAUUUUGAAACCCUUCAUUAACAUCAAUUUUAUGAUUACUAAAAUAAUAAAAGUAUGUAAAGAAUAUGAAAAUUUAAGGAGGGAUCUACUUUUACUGAACAGGUUUCGAAGAUAUCUCUAAAAUUACUGAUAAAAUAUUCGUGAAAUUUUUCAUGCACUGCGUGGAUGCACGUGCGGGAGCAAGAUGUUGUUUUGAGAUGCAAUUUAAAAAAGGAAAUAAGAAUCAAAAUAGUUGAAAAAUUUUUUUAUCGUAAAAUAUAUUCAUACUAAACACCUGGUUGACAAAAAAACCUACCCAAAUUCUGAAAUCUCAAUCACAUCCUAAGUAAUAUAAUUAGGAUUUCAAAGUAUCAUAAUAUAGCAUCUUGUACUCCGCAAUAAGAUUAUCGCGUUAACACUUAUUAUUGAAAUUUCGUCAAUUUUGAUCGUAUCGACACGAAUUUGUUUUGAGUUUUCUUGAAAAUUUUUCCUAGUUUAAAGUCAUAUAGGAUAUUUUUAUUAUGUUUGAGUCAAUCCUAAGUGAUCAGUCGCCCUUAAGCGUAACGCCAAAAAUGACGAAAAAAAUCGAUUGUUUAAAAGUGUUCCUGGACUACAGUCAUUCGUUUAUCCAAAUCAAACAUACACCAUCACAAAGUACUCUUUUCGACGAGUAAUUUAAAAAAAAAAAUUCUUCACGAUUUUUUACGUCCUAUAGGCCGUUUUGAAGGUAUUACCAUACAGUACGUAAAAUGUCUCGACUUUCUGAAAUCGUGUAUGCCUGAAUGUUUGAAUUGAUUGAGAUAGGAUGGAGUCAGAGCGAUGUUAGCUAAACAAAAAGUGAUAUUUAGGAGCAUAGUACAUAUUUAACAAUACCAACAAAUAGGAGCUAUAUACCUCCACGUAUACACUGUAGCUUUUAAAAAUUGACAGAAUUUCAAUCAAAAUUGUUGAUGCAAUAAUUUUGUUACGGAGUGUAUUUUCUUGGAACAUUUUGGUACAGAAGAGAAAUUGAAUACUAGUUUGCAAUUUUACCGUAGGUAUCGACUAUAUUUAUUCAAAUCAUAAAUUUUCGGAUACCAUAAAAUAUCACAAACAACCAAUUUGUAUUCUCAGACAUAAUUUUUCGAUCGUCAUAUAGCAUCUAAAUGUAAAAUCCUAUAUUACUCUUAAAGUUCUUUUAGCUUAAAUUAUGUAUAUACACAUAUAUAGUUCUUUUUUUUUUAGUGUCGACUUAUUAACGCAGAGAAUAUACGCAAGCAUGUAUUUUUAAUGGUACAUCAAAGUCAUCUUUUUUUUAUACAAUUAAACCCCUUUUCACAAUUUUUUUCCAUUUAAUAAUUUCCUCAAAAGCUUCGUAAGU